AUGAAAGACAAUCUUAAGAUAUUCGUUAGUUCCAAAGAGUUUUGGAAGAAGUUGUUAACAUGCUUAAAUUACUUUGAACCAUUAUUUUUAUAUGUCGCUUUAAUUUAUGGAAUUGGUCGUGUAUAUCAAUUUGUGUUUGAUGCAAACAGUGUAUGGCAGAGUUCUUGGGACGUUCUUCGAGGAUAUCUCGGAAAUGACCCGUUCAAUUAUUUCGUCUUACUGCUAAAUAUUAUUCCUAACAUCGUGUAUUGGUCUCUUGGCUUAACACUUAUAAUUAUGGAAUACAAAAAUAAGCCGAAAAAACUGUUCCAAUAUAAAAUGCAACAAGAUAAAUCAACCUUGAGCAAUCAAAGUAAAAUGAUUGAAGCGGUUAUCGUCGUGAUUUCAAAUCAAAUUAUUGAUUUCUUUAUAAGUUGGGGUAUUCAUGCAUGGGACAAUUUGUUUAAGCUUGCGAUGUCACCUGAACUUCCAAGUUUUACAAGGGUGAUGACUGAAUUAUGUUUCUUUUGGCUGGUGCAAGAAGUGCUCUUCUAUUACACUCAUCGACUUCUACAUCAUAAAAUGAUUUAUAAGUUUGUACAUAAACAACAUCAUCGAUUCACAGCACCAGUUGCAGUCUGUGCAAUGUACAGUAGUCCAAUUGAGAAUAUUUUUUCCAACAUGAUGCCGAUAACAAUUGGAUUUCCCAUCAUAAAACCACACAUCUUGACAGCUAUCUUGUGGUUGUCUAUUGUCAUCAUUACAACUUUAAAUGACCAUUCUGGCUAUCAUCUUCCUUUCUUCCAUAGCUCAGAGGUGCACGAUUUUCAUCAUAAAAAUUUCAAGUACAACUAUGCGAUUUAUGGAGUCAUGGAUUAUCUUCACAACACGCGUGGGAAUUUCGAAGGAUCAGAUAGCCACAAAAACCAUCAAACUUUGUUUACUCUGAAACCGAUUCAUGAAGUGUUGAAAGAAGAAUAGAAAUUUGUAGUGGCUGUGGGAAAAUUCUGAAAGGUUGAGACAUAAAUAAGCUGAAACUAUUGAAGAAAAACUUCACUGAUUG